UCUCUCUCUCUCUGUAUUGUCAAUUAACAGUCCUUUAAUGGAGAGCCAAAGAGAAACCCCAAUGCACGGCGGUGCCGCCGCCGGCGAGUAGUACUGUUUCCACUGCCCUUGCAAGGCCAUAUAAACCCCAUGCUUCAUCUCGCCCGCAUCCUCCACUCGAGAGGCUUCUCCAUCGCCAUCAUCCACACUCGCUUCAACUCUCCCACCACAUCCAACUGCCCCCAUUUCACCUUCCACCUCAUCGCCGACGGCCUGCUCGAGAGCCACGCUUCCACGGCCGACGUGAUUGCUCUCAUUUCCCAGCUUAACGCUAACUGCGUCUCGCCGUUCAAGGCUUGCUUGGCUGAGCUGCUGGCAUCCGCCGACGAGCCAGUUGCUUGCUUGAUAACAGAUGCCGUAUGGCACUUCUCGCAGUCGGUGGCGGACAGCCUCGGCCUCCCGAGGAUCAUCUUGCGGACCAGCAGCGUCUCCGCCUUUCUUGCCUUCGCUUCCUUGCUGCUUCUGCACGAAAAUGGUUACUUCCCCACGCAAGAUUCACAAGUCGAGGAAGCAUUGGCAGAGCUGCCGCCGCUCAAAAUCAAGGACCUUCCCACAAUCAGCACAAAUAACUCAGAGGAUCUCUACUCCUUCAUCAGAGCCAUGACCUCCCAAGCCAAAGCCUCUUCAGGAAUCAUAUGGAACUCCUUUGAAGAGCUGGAACCACCCGCUAUGACCAAAAUCCGCCGAGACUUUCCGGUGCCCAGUUUCCCCGUCGGCCCCUUCCACAAGUACUUCCCGGCGUCCUCAAGCAGCCUGCUCCCGCAAGACCGAAGCUGCAUUUCGUGGCUAGACACACAACCACCCAAAUCUGUACUCUACGUGAGCUUCGGCAGCAUCGCAGCAAUGGACGAAGGGCAGUUCCUGGAAAUGGCUUGGGGGCUGGAGAGCAGCGCGCAGCCCUUCUUGUGGGUGGUCCGGCCGGGACUGGUCGGCGGCUGGGAAUGGCCGGGGCCGUUGCCUAGCGGAUUCAUGGAGAGGACUCGGGGAAGAGGACACGUGAUGAAGUGGGCGCCGCAGCAAGAAGUGUUGGGCCAUGGAGCCAUAGGAGGGUUCUGGACUCACAGUGGAUGGAACUCUACAAUGGAGAGCAUCUGCGAAGGAGUUCCAAUGAUGUGUUCCCCUUUCUUCGGGGACCAGAUGGCGAAUGCGAGAUACGUGAAAGACGUGUGGAGAAUUGGGUUGGUGGUUGAGCGUGAUGAGAUGAAGAGAGGAGAGGUGGAGGAGACGAUCAGAAGACUCAUGGCGGAGAAGGAAGGGGAGGACAUGAGAGAAAGGGCUCAGUGGCUCAAGGAGAAGGUAGAGCUUUCCCUAAGCCAAGGUGGGUCUUCACACGAUAGCUUGGAGAGCCUGGUGACUUACAUUUUGUCAUUCUAACUAAAAAAAAGAAUAUUUCGUCAACAAAGCAUGAGGGGACAGAAUGGCGGUGAUGCAUGAGGUGAUGGGCGGGAUUGAGGCGGCGGUUGUUCUCUGUUUGCUAUGGUUUCUUUUGUUUGCUUGUUUAUGGGCCUCUUUUGAUGGGCCUUUGUUUUUUGUUUGGUUGGGCCCAUGUUUUAGCUAGUUCUAUUUGGUUUUUGUGGUUUCCCAGCCUUUGUAUGUAUGGGUCUUGUUCUGUAGCUUAAAAGAAAUCUCGCUGUAUUUCGUCCUUGUGAGGAUCUGAUUUCAACAAAAAGAAAAAAAAAAAUACAUUUUAUCUUUCUAGU